UGUAAGUUGUUUUUUUUCCCCCAUUUUGAAAAACUGGUCAUCAAACUUUCUUUAUUGUUUGCUGAUGUGGGAUUUGACAUGGGAAACCAAUGGCAUUUUGAGAACUUGUCUAACAGCCGAACUUUUUGAUCAAAACAAGUCUUCUGGUGUGGAGCACAAAAGAACUUCCUUUUUAAUCAUCUGAGCGGAUAAAGACACAGUGGAUUAUGUUUGUUUGUGAAGGGAAUGUGCCUCCUGAUCUGCCUAAAUGCAUCUAUGGUCGUGUGAAUCAUUGGUGAUCCAGCUUUACUUACAGCAGAAACAUCUUUAUCAGUGGUGAAGAUCAAACUGUUCAGAUCCAUCAUGGAUGACACACAAACAUCUGAAGAUGAAGUUUUUUUUCCGGGAUGCAGUUCAGUUCAUCAGAAGAGAUCAGAAGCAGAGCCCAGGUGUGUGUCUAUGAAGAGUGAAGAGUCUAUGAACCAUCCAGAAAACUUUAACAGUGCAGAAUCACAGUCUGGUCUCAGUUCAGUUCAUCAGAAGAGAUCAGAAGCAGAGCCCAGCUGUGUGUCUAUGAAAAGUGACGUGUCUAUGGACCCCCCAGAAACGUUUAACAGUGGAGACUCACAGUCUGGUCUCAGUCCAGUCCAUCAGAAGAGAUCAGAAGCAGAGCCCAGCUGUGUGCCUAUGAAGAGAGACUGGUCUAUAGCUCAACCGGUAAAGUCUAACAGUGGAAAUACACAGCCUGGUCUCAGCCAUGACAUCCUCAACCCAUUUAGAUCAAAUUUGAUGAUGAAGUUUGAGUGUCUAAAUGAGGGAACAGCAAUGCAGGGAAACCCAACACUGCUGAAUGAGAUCUACACAGAGCUCUACAUCACAGAGAGUGAGAGUGGAGAGAUCAAUGAGCAUGAGGUGAGACAGAUUGAGACACAAUCCAGGAGAACAGCAACAGAGGACACGGCGAUCAAAUGCAAUGACAUCUUUAGACCUUUACCUGGACAAGACAAACCCAUCAGAACUGUGCUGACAAAGGGAGUCGCUGGCAUUGGAAAAACAGUCUCUGUGCAGAAGUUCAUCCUGGACUGGGCUGAAGGGAAAGAGAAUCAGGACGUCCAGCUCAUAUUUCCACUUCCUUUCAGAGAAAUCAACUUGAUGAAGGGCAAAAAACUCAGUCUUUCAGAUCUUCUUAAUUUCUUUUUCCCCAAAGUAAAAGAAAUUGAAAUAUCCAGUGGUCAAUAUAAAGUGUUGUUUAUCUUUGAUGGUCUGGAUGAGUGUCGUCUGUCUCUGGACUUUAAGAGCAAUGUGAAACUGUGUAAUAUAUCUGAAUCAGCCUCAGUGGAUGUGCUACUGAUGAAUCUCAUUGUGGGGAAUCUGUUUCCCUCUGCUCUCAUCUGGAUCACCUCCAGACCAGCAGCAGCUGAUCUCAUUCCCUCUGAGUGUGUCCAUCGAGUGACAGAGGUACGAGGCUUCAAUGAGCCACAGAAGGAGGAAUACUUCAGGAAGAGAAUCAGUGAUCAGAGUCUGGCCAACAGGAUCAUCUCACACCUGAAGUCAUCAAGGAGCCUCUACAUCAUGUGUCACAUCCCAGUGUUCUGCUGGAUCUCAGCCACUGUUCUAGAGAAGAUGUUGAGUCAAGCAGAGAGUGGAGAGAUUCCCAAGACUCUCACUCAAAUGUACACACACUUCCUGAUCCUACAGACCAACAUCAAACAUGAGAAGGACUAUGAGGAGAACGUGACAGAUGAAGACAUGAUCCUGAAACUGGGGAAACUGGCUUUUCAGCAGCUUGUGAAAGGAAACCUGAUCUUCUAUGAUGAAGACCUGAGAGAGUGUGGCAUUGAUGUGACAGAAGCAUCAGUGUACUCAGGAUUGUGCACUCAGAUCUUUAGAGAGGAGUUGGCCUUGUAUCAGGGGAAAGUCUUCAGCUUUGUUCAUCUGAGCCUUCAGGAACAUCUAGCAGCUCUAUAUGUGCACCUCUCCUUUACAAUCAACAACAUCAGUGUGUUUGACCAAACCAAGCAAACUCUGUUGUCUAAGAUUUUUGACCAGAAGAAAUAUAGUUCAUUAUGUGAUCUGCAUCAGAGAGCUGUGAAUGAGGCCUUACAGAGUAAAAAUGGACAUCUGAAUCUUUUCCUGCGUUUCUUUCUGGGUCUCUCAGUGGAUUCCAGUCAGACUCUCUUACGAAAACUGCUGACAAGGACAGGAAGCUGCUCCUACAACAAAAUGGAAACAGUUGAGUACAUCAAACAAAAGAUCAGGAAGAAUCACUCUGCUGAGAAAUCCAUCAAUCUGUUUCACUGUCUGAAUGAACUGGGUGAUGAUUCACUGAUGCAGGAGAUGCAAGAUUAUCUGAAAUCUGGAGAAAUAAAAAAAGGCAAACUCUCCUCUUCACAGUGGUCAGCUCUGGUUUAUGUGUUGCUGACAUCAGAGCAGAAGAUGGAUGUUUUUGAUCUAAAACAGUUUAUUGGAAAACGACAUAGAGCAAAUGAAGUUCUUCAUAAUCUGUUACCUGUGGUUAAAGAAUCCAGAUCAGUUUGGUUGUGUGGAUGCAGUCUCACUUCUCAGUCCUGUGGAAGUUUGUCUUCAGCUCUACAAUCCUCAAACUCAAACAUCCUGAAAGAGCUGGACCUGAGUAACAAUGACCUGAAGGAUUCUGGAGUGAAGCUUCUUUCUGAUGGACUGAAGAGUCCAAACUGUCAGCUGGAGAUACUGAGAUUGUCUGGCUGUAUGGUGACAGAGAAAGGCUGUCGUUAUGUGUCUUCAGCUCUGAGUUCAAAUCCCUCACACCUGAGAGAGCUGGAUCUGAGCUACAAUCACCCAGGAGAUUCAGGAGUCAAAUUACUCACUGAAAAACUGUUGGAUUCAACCUGCUCAUUGGAAAAACUGAA